AUGUUACCGGCAGGGGGCGCUGAACACCUGAGCAGGGACCAGGUCGAGGAGGGGCUGGGUGGGCCCUGGGGGGACCCCCGUUUGCCUGGCAGCCCCUCCUCUCAGAGGCUGGGGCAGAGCAGGAGGCCUGGGGCAGCCCACCCCACUGUGGCGACCAGGGUCCUGUGGGCAUCGUGGCCUGGACUCCUCUCCUGCUCGAGCUCCUCUCUCUCUGCACAGGUAGUGACGGGCCCCGGACACCAGGGCUCGGUCCCCGGCCUGCAUCAGCCCCCGGGGCGCAGACUCCGCGAACCUUUCCUGCAGCUCCUGGCCCGUCUCCCCGUGUCUGUGUCUGCAGGCUCCAUCUCCCAUCCUGUGCUGACUCAGCCCGCCUCCCUCUCCGGGAGCAUCAGCCAGACUCUCCCGCACCCUGACCAGCAGCUACAGUGGUGGUGGUUUCUCCAUACGUUGGUUCCAGCAGAAGCCAGGGAGCACCCGCAUUACCUCCUGAAUUUCUACUCAGACUCCGAUAAGCACCAGGGCUCCGGGGUCCCCAGCCUCUUCUCUGGAUCCGAAGACGCCUCAGCCAGUGCAGGGCGCCUGCUCGUCUCUGGGCUGCAGCCCGAGGCCGAGGCCGACUAUGCCUGUGCUGUGGGGCAUAGGGCACCAAUGCUUACAAGGCGCUCCAGACCAGGGAGGAAGUGAGACGAAACCUCCACUCACGCCUGCUCGUGGCUCGGAUGAAGUCUCGUUCAGGGGUGACUUAAAUCAUCAGAUGUUUGGCAAGCACCUGAUUUUCCUAGAU